AUGGCCUACUGGGGGUUUAUUCUCAAACAGCACGGUCAAGAGAGGUGCCGCCAUAAAGGUAAAACUCUCGGUAGUGCACAGGCAGGAGAAGUGACAGCAGUGCUGGAGGGAAUGUUGGAGUUGAUGAAGAGAAGAAUCAAAAGAGCAAAGAUAAUCACAGACAGCCACUACUGUGCACAAGCCUUGAACGAAGACUUAUCCAUUUGGGAAGAGAAUGGAUUUGAAAGCGCCAAAGGAAAGUUAGUGGCCCAUCACGAUCUGUGGAAGAAGGUUGUCGAGUUGAGAAUGAGUCUGGAGCUUGAAGUGGAGCACCAGAAGGCUCAUACCCGAGAAGGGGCUCACCGGUGUGGAAACGAUGAGGUGGAUCGCUAUGUUCAACAGAGAAAAGUUGUCUUUGUCGGGAUCGAGAAGUGGGACAGAAUGCCACAAGGACGGGCGGUCCCUGAAGAGUACGUGGAUGAGGUGGUACGGGAGCGUGCAUGA